GGAAGCGCUUAGCGCGCCGUUUUUUGGCUUGUCAACUGAAACCACGCAACAAAUUUUACAUUUCCAGUCUUGAUAAAUGUUAAUAAUUUGCUAAUGUUAACAAAUCUAAUUGUGUUUUUCAAUGCGCCGUACAAACUUGUGUCAAAUAGGAGUGAAGUGUUAAAAGAAAUCGAAUUGUAACUAGUUUUCCCACCGCUGUGACCCGCGAACUCAAAACAUGCCCCUGUUAAAAAGAAAAGCCUUUGAGAAAUCAUCGGCGUCAGGGUAUCUGCGUGAUGAUGAUGAAGUUUUCCACUGUGAGAUCACCGAUGAGAUAUUCAAGGAUUAUGAGGAGUACUGUGAAAGAAUCAUUCUCGUUAACUCGAUGGUUUGGUCCUGUGAGAUGACGGGAAAGAAUAAUUUGACGUAUGCUGAGGCUCUGGAAUCUGAAAAAGCUGCAAGGAAAUCACUUAGAGAUUUCCCAAUGGAACUAAGAAUACCAAUACUUUACCUUGCUACCAAGACUAAUAGAAGUUCUUUUGCUGAGAUGUCUGAAGAUGUGUUUAAUUAUGUGAGGGAGAGAUACUUUGUAGGGGAGACUGUGGAAGCUUGCCUUGAGGGUGACAAUUGGCGGGAGGCCCAUAUCUUAUCUGUUGACUCUCAAACACAACAUCCCGAUAACAAAGCAAUGUUACCAGCUUCUGCUUAUUGUUAUGAAGUGGAACAAUAUGAUGAAAAUGAUUCAUCAGCUACUGGACAAAUUGGCACAGCACCUUAUGAACGCAUAAGACGACGUAAGGGUAUCUAUUCACGAGAUAAAAACAGGCUGUUUCUGAAACAAUUUGUUGAAAUGGGACCUGUUAUUACCAUAAAGGCAUCUGCAAUAGAGAAAUACAACAUCAACAAAGUCCACUUUGACCAAAUAUUCACAGGAACAUCACCCAUUUUCCCUCCAUCUAAGAAGUUGUUGAUGUCUCCGUCAACAUCCAAGGUGCAGGCAAAACCUGGAUCAGCUUCAAAGCUUAAGUCAAUGAAGAGCCCACAAAAGGGCAGACAGGAAUCAAUGGAUAAAUUUGUGAAAAAGUCGGACAAAAGUGAUGUUAGUAAACCAAAAAUAGUAAAUCCAGAGGCUAGGAAGAAUGCACAAGAAUUGGCAAUGAAGAUGCGUCGAGCUGAGGAACAAUUAAGGCAGAGAAAGGAAGAUGAAAAAGCCAAGAAAAAGGAGAAGACAGCUCGUGUGAUGGCGUAUAUGAAGGAAUGGCAGAAGGUCAAAGAUGACUUAGAGUUGGAAGACCAUAAGGUAUUACCAAAGGGUACGCCAGUUAUUAUAGAAGGCAUAGAGCCGAAACACAUUGGUGAUUUCCUAUCUGUGCUAGACUUUGUACAUACCUAUGCUGAAGUACUCAAGACCAAAGAUGUUUUCCACAAUGAAUUAGAUUGGGAGACUUUCCGUAAGGCGUUAACUGUAAAAGAUUCAGCGGGAUCAUUUAGUGACUUAAUACAGAUGUUUCUGAGUGCUAUCUUUUCAUUGCAAGAAGAUGAAGCAGAAGAAUACAAUGAGAAAGGAGGCAUUCAGGAGUCCACAGUUGAAAAGAAUAGUGAAGAAACAGAGAUGGGCGUAAACCGAGCAAUAGAGCUAGCAACUCGCGCCAGUAAGUGGGCCCAGACUUACCUCGGAACUCCACUUAGCAAGCUGCCUUUGGAUCCUUCCACCGUUAGCGAGGUUUUGAGGCUUCACCUCCUGUCAUCCGGGAGUGCUGCGGGCAGCCGUUGUGUGGCCUGGCGAUAUCACCAGCGCGGUGGGUACAGCUCCAAUGACGAUCCGGGUCUCCACCUCAGGAUACAGAGGCCGGCAAUACUCAAGCGACUCACGCAGAAACAUGUCGCCGAUUUGCCGAUGGAUGAUAAAUUCGCAAUCCUGCAAUGCCUUAUGAACCAAGUGUUGAGCUACGCGACAGUUCGUGACAUGGUGGAAGACAGAUUUGAAGAGUACAAAAAUCUUAAGCAGGCUUACAGAUUGCUUCAGAUAAACGAACGUAAACGUGAGCCUCAAUUGGCGACCGCUCGAAUGGAACUGCGUCGUGAAGCAGCAGCCAAGAAGGAACAGCAGAAACUAACGGGAGACAAGGCGAAACAAGUAGAUGAACAAAUGAAGAAAGACAUUGAUAAGAUAACUAAAGAGAGUGAACAGAAGAAGAUUGAAUUUGAGAAGAAAUCGAAAGAGUUGCAAAUGCAGCUGUUCGAGUUUACUAAUUAUCUGGGUAUGGACCGAGCAUUCCACCGCUACUGGAUCUCGCGUCGCGUUGGCGGUCUAUUCGUGGAAGCGGGGAACGAGUACCGCGGCACUUGCAGGCCCAAGCCGGUGCCGUUGCCCGAGCGGACGCCCACAGACUCCGCAGACUUGCUGGCCUACGUCACCGAGCUGUACCACUCGGGGGCUAGGGAGAAAGAAGGCAGUGACAAAGAAAACGAGUCUGGUUCAAACUCCCGCGGAAAUUCACCCAAGAAGCCUUUGGCCCACGUCAACGGCGUCAAUAAUAAAAUGUCACCGGACAGAAUCGAACAGCUGAGAGACCUGAUGGUCUGCACGGCUGAUGCUAACACAUGCUAUGUACAUGGAAAGAGCGAACGUCCCCAAUGGUGGGUUUACACCAACGAGGCUCAAGUGGACGCACUCAUAGCGGCCCUGAACAAACGCGGGAUUCGCGAAGCAGACCUUAAACAUGUCCUGGAGAUGGAAAGGAACUCGCUCAUCGAACACUUGGCCAAAAGUCCAUUUGCAGUUAAUGGAACUUCAAAAGCUCAGACACCGUUGCAACCGCCGGCAACUCGUCGUCGAGCCAUCAGACCUUCUCUAGUGGUUCCUCCGGAGUGCUCCUUAGAGGAGGCUUUGGAGCUGGCUUUGAGAGACCAUAUCCUGGAACUUGAAGAGAAGAUUCAUCAUGGAUGCUUGGGAGCUCUUAAAGUUAAGGACCGUGAAGCAUGGCGUGGUACAAUAAUGUUGCGGAGUUACGACAAACAAGCAGAGUUCUUGAACUGGGGACCAAACAAAGCCUUUAGAGAUGACACCCAUCUACCGGACGGAACUUUACGAAUACCCAACGGCACAGAGGAAACAGAAAAACAAAUACCAAAGAAUAAAUACAGGGAUCCUGUUUACUAUUUGGAGACACCCAAAUCGAAUGGAAUCAAGGUGGAACCCGUUGAAGAUACAAAGUCUGAAGUAAUCAGAGGACUAGCGAGUGCCUUAUUGCAAGUCUCUCAGGGAAUUCAUCACAAAUAUAUUAAAAGGCCACUUGGUCUAGAUGACAAAGAGCGAAAAGACCGAGAAGCCAGGAACAAACCGUGCGACCUGGACGCCCUAGAACGUUGGGAAGUCUCUCUCAUGGAGUCCCGGAGCAUCGCAGCCCUAACACUUCAUCUGUUCGUGAUCGAUGCGAGCGUUUGCUGGACGGCGAGCGUGCUGCACGCAAGCUGCAAAUUGUGCAGACGACGCACGGAUCCCGAUAACAUGCUGUUGUGUGAUGGGUGCAAUAAGGGACACCAUUUGUAUUGUCUCAAACCGCAGUUGACUAAAGUACCCGAUGGCGACUGGUUCUGCGAGCAGUGUAAGCCGAAAGAGAAAACACCUCGUAAACGCAGGAAACUUUACACGGAAGAGAGUCUGGAGGAGCCGGCGGAUGAAGAUAGUGACGACGACCUUUCCCUCGGCGUAUGCGCCACUUGUGGGAGUGGGGGUGAGUUGGGUGCCACUUGCGUCGCCUGUUCCAACAGGUACCACAUGGAGUGCGCUCAACCGCCCUUGGCCCGAGCCGCCAAGAGAUGGACCUGCGCCGAGUGUCUGGCGCCUCCUCAAUCACGAGCCCCGGCGUUCCGCCGUCGUUGUGCGGCCGCGGCCAUGUCCUCGAUACAGCAGUACGCGCGCAACUUGCACAAGCGAUCCUACUCGACGGAUUCAGAAGAUAGUGAAUUUAAUACAGCUUUAGUAAAAUUAAAGUCAAAGCGAUCACGUGGCAGCAAAGAACCUUCGCCAAUGGCUAAUGGAAAUAGACGAAGCAGAAAAUCAAAGGAAGAUUUCAAUGGCAGUUUAACUAAAAGAGGAAAGAAUUCACUGACUAAUGGUGUGCAUGAUGAAUCCAGCAAUAGAAAGAGAAGAGGGAAACAAGAUGUGAAUCUGCACACUGAGGAAUUACAACAUUUGUUGAGAGAUGCAUUAAAACACAAAGACAGCUGGCCUUUCUUUGAACCAGUAUCUAUAGAUGAUGUCCCCGACUAUCUAGAUGUCAUAACCACUCCAAUGGACCUGAACACAGUAAAACAGAAGCUUGAAAAUGAACAGUACACAAAAGAUGAAGACUUUCUUUCAGAUGUAGCAUUGGUCUUCCAUAACUGUUACACAUAUAAUCAGGAAACACAUCCAGUGGCUAAGGCUGGAUACCGGUUGGAGAAAUACAUAAUAAAACGCUGUCAGGAACUAAAUUUACCACCACUACCUGAAAGUAAUCCUGAUGAUGAUGAUGAUGUACCAUUAAAGAGAAGUCUGCCAGAGAGUGAUGAAACACCUCAAGCAAAGAAAGCAAGGCGAUAGUGUGUUUUAGUGAACUUGAGUAUUUAGUGAAAUCAAUAAAAGUGGAAUCUUAUUUAUAUCCUGAAUUUUUAAUAAAAAAUAUUAUGUUGAAGACAGGUGAUGUGUAGAGCCUCUGUAAUUGUGUUUGCUUAUAAUAUCAAUGCCUGCAGGAAAAACUUGUAUAACAAUUUCCAUUUAUAACACAAUUAAUCGAAGUACAAUUAGCUUACACAUACAGCAAGUUUUU